AUGAAGCCUUCAAUCCCUGUUGACGCCCUAUGUGAAAAAUGUCGCGAGUUGCCAUGGGAUACCUACCGAGAACUGCGGGAGAAGCCAUCAAGCUUCAUAGAUGAAGCAUAUCCAAUUGAUCAUCACAAAUCCUUACGCCAACUUCGAAACUCUGCAGAAACAGGAUGUCGUACAUGCCAGAUAUUCUGGUUAUACGCCAUUGACGAAACCAAGACGGAAGUGGACACCGAGUUGGAACUAAAGUUUACGUGGAAGAUUGGUGCAUGGCCCCAUGCUCAAGUAAUAAUAAUAAUUGAAGGUUCAUCGCAGAGUUUCACGCGCGGGGAGUUUCAGAGGGCAGCGCAAAACAUAAGCAUGGAGGGCUACCAAAUCGCGGCAUAUAUUCGCAUGUAUGUUGGGGAGCCGGCUUCAUUCUCAAGUGAUGCCAUUCCUUCGCCGAGGCAUGAAGAUUUCCUCGGUGAUGACUUGGAGUACAGUUUCCGAAGCAUCAUCAAGCCGUGGGUGGAUGACUGCGUUAAAAACCACCAUGGAUGCCGUCAGGUGCGCCAGCUCGGUUUUGGUAACUCUUCACCGACUCGGUUGAUAGAUGUUGGUGCAUCGCGCGAAGAUAUUGUUAAGCUUGUUGAUACGGGUGGACUAUCAAAGCCAGAGUAUCUAAUUUUAAGUUACUGCUGGGGAGCUUCAAACGAUAAGUCAAAGACCACCCAAGCCAAUAUAGAGCAAAGGAAAGAAUCAAUCCAGAUAUCAGCACUACCUAAAACAAUCCGCGAUGCCAUUACUGUCACAAGGCUUAUGGGAGUGCAGCAUCUCUGGGUUGAUGCCAUAUGUAUUAUUCAGGAAGAUACAGUGAAUAAAGAUGGUUUUCAUGACGACUGGAAAACCGAAGCCGCCAAGAUGGCGAGUUAUUAUUCCAACGCACUUUGCUGCAUUUCAAACUUGGGCGCCGCAGAUAGCUCUGAGGGGUUUCUGAAAGAAAAACAAAUAGGCCUUCGGCAAGAGAGUCAACGAACAAGACACGGGCUGAUUGAACUAGAAUACUUUGAGCACCGAGGGCAAAGAUUCAGAAUCUACCUGCCAGGACUCACGCGAGAUUGGAGCCAGGAGCACCAAAAUUCUCCGUUGAUGCGCCGCGCUUGGGCCCUUCAAGAAUGGAUCCUUUCUCGUCGAAUUCUACAUUUUACAAGAGCCGGGAUAUUCAUGGAGUGCGGCGAGGGGAUAUGUCAAGAGAAUGACCCUUUUCCAAAGCCAGCAGCAGCCUGGUAUCAAACCCCGGAUAACGGCAUACGCAACGUCAUGAGAGCAUACUCCGGGAUUCCUAUACCUAUAGGCUACGAUAUAGGCAAUGCCCUGAGAGCAUCUACCGGUAUUCCGAUAGGUGAUUUGUGGACCAAGCUAGUCACUUUCUACUCUACGAUGAAUUUGACCAAUCCUUCAGACUGCCUUAUUGCUAUUGAUGGGAUUACCCGUCUUAUUUGCGCGAAAUACAAUGUCGGAUGCUUUGCUGGCGUUCUCAGCUCUCACAUUGCCCAAACGCUGCUUUGGAAACGAAAGAAGCUGACAGAUGAAAUCAACCCGACAGUCAGUUUUCCUAGCUGGUCAUGGUCUUCAACAAUGAAAGUUGGAUUUCCAAAGUUUGAUGACAAAUGCACAUCUUACGUUAAAUGCACCGGCGAUGGCUGCUUUCUCCUAACCGACCGGGUGGUGAAUUACAUCGACCCUUCUACGCGGCGAUUCCCAUUACAAGGCCCUCUAUUGCACCUUUCCUUGAGUUACCGCCCAUCUCGCUUGCCAGAGAUCAAUGACUGUCUCUUUUUCACCCACAGUAGUCCCAUAUGGAAAGAAGAGUCCAUCAGUUUUUUCAUGGACUCUGCAAAGGCAUACCCUAAACUAAAGGAAUGCGCCACAGACAAACAGAAAGAGGGACUAUUAGGGCAAUUGAGACUCUUAGUUUGUUUAAGAAGCUUUAAAACGCCUGGAAGGCGUCGUUAUAGAUCCACUAGCUCAUAUUAUGGGCUAGUUGUAGAAAGAUUGGAAGAGAUGGGCGAAAAUGCAUACAGACGGAUAGGGGUUUUCGAAGUGAGAAUUCAAGAAAAUGAAGAAUCAUAUCAUAAUCUAGAGAGGUGGAUGGCCGACAUUGACUUGUUUUAG